ACCCCACAGAGUGGACUAAAGUUUCAGUUUACUUCUAACACUUGUGCUGUCAGUCAUUCUAAGAGAGGGACUGGGUGACACAGUCAGACACUAACACAGACCCUCAUCAAGUCCCGGAGAGACCCUCGUCCAGCCAGGAUGGAGAUCAGAAUAUCACUCACCAUGUGCUUCCUGGUGCCCUUAUUGUGCCAGGUUCUUACAAUGGUGGUGCAAGAGGUUUCAGAAGAUGCCCUUGUGCUGUAUCCAUGGCGACGCCCAGCCCUAAUGGACAACAGGAUACAGAGGGUCAAGAGAGCUUGGGUGAUUCCAGUAAUCAGUGUGGCUGAGAACGCCAGGAAUAUCCCUUUGCUCCUAGUACAGAUUAAGUCGGACAAGCAGCACCUCGGCAGUGUGAUCUACAGCAUCAAAGGUGUUGGAGUAGAUGAGGAGCCAAAGGGUAUCUUCACCAUCAAUAAGAACACGGGGGCUGUGUACCUCAAUGCAGUGCUGGAUCGGGAGAAAAUGGAGCGCUUCAAGCUUCGCGCUUUCGCAGUGGAUAGUGGAGGCGUUACUUUGGAGGAGCCGACUGACUUAGAGAUUGUGGUAAUUGACCAGAAUGACAACCCUCCGAUAUUUUCACAGAAAGUCUUCCAAGGUCAUGUUCCAGAGGGAGCAAUACCUGGCACGCUCGUUAUGACUAUCAAGGCUACGGAUGAAGAUGAUCCACAGACAGACAAUGCGGAGCUGAGAUAUACCAUCAUCCAGCAGGAUGGUCCGCAGAUGUUCAGUAUUAACCAGGAGACAGGCGAUAUCAGGACGGUUCAAGUGGGACUAGACAGAGAGGUGAUCGAAUCAUACAACCUGACUGUACAAGUGGCCGAUAUGAUGGGGCUGGGACUCGCCAGUACUGCCAAGGCUGUCAUAAUCAUCGAUGAUAUUAAUGACAACGCUCCCGAAUUCACACAGGAUGAGUUCUUCAUGGAGGUCCCGGAACACAGCAGUGGUUUGGAAAUUGGGAGAGUGAGUGUGACUGACAAGGAUCUCCGCGGGUCCCCCAACUGGAAGGUGCAGUUUUCUAUCACAGGUGGAGACCCCCAUAGUGAAUUCACUAUACGCACAGACCCCGAGACCAACGAAGGAGUCCUUUUUAUCAUUAAGCCCUUGGAUCAUGAAGCGAAGGAGUUUCAUCAGCUCAUUGUGUCAGCUGAAAACCAGGCUCCGCUCAGGCCAUCAGCCCCCAGAACUUCUCGCUCUGAAACUCGAGUGACCAUCACGGUGAAGGACGUCAAUGAACCUCCAUUCUUCCAUGAGAACCCCAAGAUAGUGAGAGUAAAUGAGAGGACCCCACCAGGAACUGAGAUCACUGAAUUUACGGCAAUAGAUCCUGACGUGAAGGAAGUCCAGGAGAUCAGUUAUGAUCUGGUUUCUGACCCUGCGGAUUGGUUGACCCUGGAUGCAGGUUCUGGACGGAUACAUACUCGAUAUACACUAAAUCGGAAGUCCCAGUUCCUGCAAGGCGGAUGGUAUACAGCCCUGAUCACUGCAACGGACAAUGCUACACCCCCACGCAGUGCCACCGGCACCCUGUCUGUGGAAGUGCUGGAAGUGAAUGACCAUGCCCCCGUGCUGUGGCAGUACUCCAGGGAACUAUGUAACAAGCCACAGCAGGGCAAUGGGGUCUUAAUAAGUGCCACCGAUGAAGACUUGCCACCCCAAGCCCAUCCAUUCACCUUCCAGCUGGAGCCAUCGUUCACUGAACUGACACUUAACUGGAGCAUCAGCCAUGUCAAUAGUACCCACGCUCUGUUGGAGCUUCUCUCUGAAGUGCAGGAAGGUGUUUACGUUCUGCCUUUGCUCGUGGCGGAUUCUGGAGAGCCGCCCUUGGCGCAACUACAGCUACUGAACAUCUCAGUGUGCCGGUGCGAUGCCCUGGGCUCCUGCCAAGGAACCGCAGCCGCUCUGUUUAACAGUGGGACAGGGAUCAGCCUCAGUUCUGUACUUAUUAUUCUGGGCAGCAUCGCCCUCCUUCUACUUUUGGCGCUGCUCCUGCUGCUAUUCCGUUGCGCCUCGAGUGGUCGCGGAGAAAAGGGUUUGCUGUCCGACUCAGAGGAUGAUGUACGAGAUAAUAUAUUUAACUACAACGAGCAGGGAGGAGGAGAAGAGGAUCAGGAUGCUUAUGACAUGAACAGGCUUAGGAACCCAACAAUGCCAGUGCCACCAUCUCCACGUCUGAAGCCCCCUAUCCGCAGAGACACCCCCUACAACCCGACACUGCCACGCUACCCCCGCAGACCCUCUGAACGUCCAUCUGACAUUGCAGACUUCAUCCACGAUGGGCUACAGGCAGCAGAUUCCGACCCCAGUGUCCCACCUUAUGACACAGCCCUGAUUUAUGAUUAUGAAGGCGAGGGAUCAGUGGCCGGAACGCUUAGCUCCAUUUUGUCUAGUGAAGAGGACAGUGACCAGGAGUACAACUACCUGCAGGAUUGGGGCCCACGAUUCAACCGUCUGGCAGAUAUGUAUGGACACCAGUGAUUGUCAAACCAUUCCCAAAAGAAACCUCUGCAAGGGCUUGGUACCUCCAUCUCACGUGUGUUUAGACUUAAACCAGAGACUGUAUGAGAGGUGGAAUGCCAAGGGACAUCGCAUGAAAGGUGAUUUGUUUACAGAACGGGUGACAUCGAUUGAUAACUGGACUUUAUGACCUAAUUGCUAUGCAUGUCAUUUUUAUGACAGUAGGGACCCCCCUUAACACAGCAGUGACUUAGAAAGGAUGUUGCUGUAGGUUUUGGAUUCAGCACUAUCUAUUUAGAAAUACUUUGUUUACAGCCGGACAAACAACCUUAUAUGAUUUAAAGCAACACUUACUAGUAGGGACCACGGUGUGACUCCAUCAGCUGUAAAAUAACUCAUUAUAUCCCUUUAAACAAAUUCAGUAGAUUUAUUGCUACAUUAGACAGGUCUAUGCAACACUAGCCUUUUCCCUGGAGAGAAAUCCAACUUCUCCAUCGCAUUCGCUCCCCAGUGUUGAGGGCAAUGGGUCCAAGUUGGUGUAAGGCAACGUUCUAAAGAAAUACGUAUUGAGCAUUUGGGAUGCAGUAUUUGGCAAUCAGAUCACGUACUGCCAAUAGCAUCACCUAGUGGCAGGAAUGUUGAGUUUAGGACAUGCACUGUAAGGUGGUGCGAGAUGGUAAAUGGAAAGAAUGGUUAUGGAACAGGUUGUAGUAUAAAAGUGGCAGUGCAUUGUUAAAUACUGCAUGAUUGGGAAUAUAUCCUGAGGAAUAAAGCUUUUUUUUUUUUUU